AUGAUAAAAACAAUCUCUCAAGGUGUUUUUACAAAACAUGCUCUCAAAAUUAUCAGCGGGUCUAACCAAAAUCGAAGUCUUACAAACCAAACAAAAAGGCACCCAGUUUUUGAAAGACCUCAGAUAGAUUUCACGCAAGAGGAAACUAUUCUGAAGAAACUCAUUCCACAAAUUCGAGAAGAUAUUCUAAACGAAUCAUUAGUUUAUCAGGUGAACAUGCCAACAGUUAGAGCACACGUCGAAAAACUUUUUAAUGACACAGUCGAAGAUCUCAAGCCAAAAUUUCUAAACUGUGCUUUAAUAUCGAUAUAUGCGUACAAGUAUUUUAAACAGGACUACUCCGAAGAAGACCUUAUCAAGGCUGGUAUUUUGGGAUGGUGCUAUAAAUUGGUAAAAUUCAUAAGUUUUUUUAAGUUUCAAAUGUUUUAA